GCUCCCUGCCCUCCGGCCCCCAUGUGCGUCUGCUCCCGGAGGAACCAUGAAGCCGGAAUGACCUCGGCCGAUGGAGCCCCAGCCACCACGCUCCUGCUGCCUUGGAAGCUGGCCCUGCGGGACCAGGGGCAGGGCCAGUGCCCGCCGGGCAGUCCCGGGCGCAUCCUGGCCACCGUGCUGGUGUGGCUGGUCACGGGCACCAGCAUGUCCAGCCUCAACAAGUGGAUCUUCACCGUGCACGACUUCCGCUACCCGCUGCUGCUGUCUUCCUUGCACAUGCUGACCGCCGUCCUCGUGGGCUACCCGCUGGCCGGGCACCGGGCGCGCGGGCCUCUCCCUGCCCGGGCCAGGAGGAGGGUGUUCCUGCUCAGCCUGACUUUCUGCGCUUCCAUGGCCUGUGGGAACUUGGGCCUUACCUACGUGCAUUUGGACUUUGCCCAGAUGGUCUACACCACCACUCCGCUCUUCACCCUGGCCUUGUCCAAGGCGAUCCUGGGCAAGCGGCAUCACCUGCUGCAGUACGCGGCCAUGGGGCCCAUCUGCCUGGGCGCUGCCUGCAGCAUCAUGGGCGAGAUGCACUUCCACCACGCUGGCUGCUCCUUCCUCUUCGCUGCCACCUUCCUCCGAGGCCUCAAAUCGGUGCAGCAAAGUGUCCUGCUGCAGGAGGAGAGGCUGGCCUCAGUGGCCCUGCUGUAUCUGACGUCCCUCCCCAGCUUCUGCCUGCUGCUGGGCGCGGCCCUGGUGCUGGAGGUGGGCGGUGCCAGUCCGGCCCUGGCCCUCGCCGACCAUGGCCUCUGGCUGCUCAUUCUGCUCAGCUGCCUGGUCUCAGUGCUCUACAACCUGGCCAGCUUCUCCCUGCUCGCCCUCACGUCAGCCCUCACUGUCCACGUGCUGGGCAACUUCCACGUGGUGGGCAAUCUGGCCCUGUCCUGGCUCCUGUUUGGGAGCCGCCUGAGUGGCCUCAGCUACGUGGGCAUCACUCUUACGCUGGUGGGGAUGUUUCUGUAUCACAACUGCCACUUGGUGGCCUCUUGGUGGACCCUGUGGUGGACAGGCCGGCCUGUCAGAGCCCUGUGAAGUGACAGCGGUGCCCAUCUGAGAGCUGUGCUCACUGGGCCCAGCUGGGCCCAGGCUGGUCCAUCCCUAGCUUGUGCGGGGCCGGCAGCUUCAACCAACCGCCUGGAAGAAGAGAGGCCUGAACGGGGAUGUGGGUGAACCCCUGGCAACAAGAAACUUCCAGAAAAAACGCAUGGGGGUGCUCAGGCGGGAACCUGCGUGGUCUCGCGUCCAUCCUCCAGGACCUCAACGUUACAAAGAGCUAGUGGGAAGAUUAUCACCCUCAUUGUACAAAGGAGAAAACUGAGGCUCUGAUGUGGCUUGUCCAGGGUUCCAUCCCUGCCCGUCCUGGUCUGCUGCAAUGGUCUGGGGUGCUGCAAGCCCCGAGUCCAGCCCUGGGUGAGUCCUCUCCCUUUCCCUGAUCUGUGCCUCAGUUUCCCCGUCUGCUAGAAGAGGAUGAGGCUCACUACAAAGGGUCAGAGGAGAAUGUAAAGGCAAAGGGGUGUUGUAAUUAAAUAAUAAUUAUUACAGUUCCAGCUGUGACCUGCACCUGCUGUACUUGUUAAGAUGAAAUGGGUGAGGGUGAUUUCCUAGUAGUCCCAUGGAGAGGGCAGGAAGCACUGUCCAGGUGCCCUUAGGCUGAGGCAGGGCUGACCCAAGUCGGGCAGGCUUCUUUUAGAGACCCCCCUCCCACUCCCUCCUCCCCGUUAUCUCUCUGCUGCUAAAGACUGGGGAAGGGGGAAAGGGGUUUUUUUUCUCCAGGGUGGAUCAUUGGCUGGAGCCCCUACUCCCACCCCUGGUCAGAUGGCCUCUGCCAACUCUCAGAACCCUCCCCAUAGGUCCUCUGACCCAGGCUGUCUGGCCAUAAAUGGGGAUUUCCUUUGGCAGGUGCUGUCCUAGGCAGAGGUGCCGCCCCUCAGUGAGGCUGAGGAAGGGGCUAUUUCCGUCCUCCAAUAAAGCACUGUUUGGUUCUC